AUGAGCCAACAACACGGAAGAUCACCACCACCACUUUCACCUGGAGGGUUAGUUCCUCCACCAUAUCAUGGACAUCCACCAAUGGAUAUGGUUCCUGGAGGUGUACCACUUUCACCACCUGAUAUGAGACAACCAUACGGUGAUCAACCUCCACAAGAUUUUGAUGCCAGACCACCACCAAGCGAGGAAGUUUUGGAUCAAGCCAAAAAGGAAACUAAAACAUUGUGGUUGGGAGGAAUACCAUUUCACUACAAUGAUAUGGAUUUACGAAGAGUUUUCGAACGCUUUGGAGAAGUUGUUGAUGUUAAGGUCGGAUAUUCAGGCGGUCAGCCUUUAGGAUAUUGUUUUAUUACAUUCCAUGAAAGAGACGCUGCGGAGAAGGCAUUUCUAGCUGUCAAGGACGGAUUUAUUGGAGAUCAACCACCUCAAGAAGGUUUAUCGUGGAGAGUUGACUAUGAUAUAGGAAAAGAUAAGAAAAAGGAGUUGGGAAUACCACCAAGUAGAGGAGGAAUGAGAGGAAGAUUUAGAGGAGGACCAAGAAGAGGCGGAGGAUUUAACAAUGGAGGAAGAUUCAACAAUGGACCACCAAUGAGAAGAGGAGGCUAUCAUCGUGGAGGUAUGCAUCAUCCACCUUAUGGAGGUAAUGGAGGAAGAUCACCACCUUAUAACCCACCACCAUACGGAAUGGGACCAAUGGAUGGACCACCACCAAGCAAUGGACCACCACCAUAUCACCACCAUCACGACCCAUAUCCUCCUUCCAAUUAUCCACACAACAAUGGAAGAGACAGACCAUACUAUGGUUCUCAACAAAGAUAUGAACCAUAUAGCAGAGUUCCUCCACAAGGAAAUUACAACAGAGGUGGUUAUAGAGGCGGUUAUAGAAGUCCUCCACACCAAGAUGCUCAUCCUGGUGGUAGCCCUCCUCACUAUAGUGGACCAAAUGAUCGUAGUGGAAACAUGGGAAGAAGAGAUAUUGGUCAUAAUGGACCACCAAAUAACAAUUGGUAA